CGCGGCGGCACGCCCUCCCCGCCUGAAUGGCCUGCGGCCGGCGACCGGCUGUCGUGGAGAUUCCAUCUGUGUUUCCCCGCAGAGCCUGCGGGCCCCGCGCAUCCGACGCCCCAGGGUGGUCGGCUCAGAAGGUGAGCGCGGCGUCGCGGAGGCCGACCCGGGCCCGGACUCCUGCCAUGUUUGUCAACCAGCAACUUCCGAGCGACCUCCGAGCAACUGAAAGGAAGGGAGGAGACCGCAGGCCAGGGGACACCCGCCUGCCCGCGCACGGUUGCGGCUUUCGCCUCCUGGCGUCCGCCUCGCCCCCGGCUCGCCGCCGCCACCUCGGCCGUAACCUCCCCGGAGCCUAUAGGAAUCUUUUGUGUGGCGUCACCGCCUUUCGUUUAAAUCCCGCUUCCUCCUCUCGCCCUUCCUCCCGCCCCCUCCGCCGAUCCCGGAUGCUUGCGCGAUGCGCUGCUCCUCCCCCGGGAAGCUGGGGGCCGUGGGAGGACGCCGCGCCCAGCCUCGACGCUGCGGCCCAGGGGCCGGUGGUCCCUGCAUCCGGAGAGGCUGGGAAGCGUGUGUGGUGGGGAAGGCCCGCCCUCGCUCCGCGCCCAGGCGCUGUGUAUACCCUGGGGACACCGGGGCGCAGCCGCUAGUGGCCUUACGUAAGCUCUCAGCGUGCCCCAGGACUCGAUGCUUCCUCCCUGCCGAGAGAGCUAGUGUAAAAGGUGAUCUGUUUUGCUUGCUUGGGGAGGAUGCCACUCAUUAUUCCCUGGAUCCGCCUCCGGAUUCCAAUCACCUCUGAGAUUCGAUGACUUUUGCAAGCCCUCCUCCGCCCUUUGUUGCGUUCGACCCUCUCCUGUGGGUGGGUUUCCGUGAAACAGUGAAAAGGAGCUCUGAUCACGCUCGAGUCCCCACAGCUUGUGUGACUCAGUGAUAGACCCUCCCUGAGGUUGGUCUUCCCCCCAGCCGUUUAGGAGUUGUGUGACCUUGGACAAGUUUUCUCUCUCAAGUUAGUGUAGUCAGGUAGUGUAAGGUGACCUCGGUUCCAGCUGGCUAGAAUUCGAAUGUGCCUUGAUCAGCAGCUCACCCUUUCCUGACUCCAUCUAUAUAAUGGAAUAAUAGCAACCAUUGUUAAGUAAAGAGCCAGUCUCUGGAGGUAAACACUAUUAUCUCUGGGUUACAGGCUGAGAAACUGCUGGCCCAGAUGGCUCCCCGCCCUGUAACGAGGGAUUGAUUAAAUGGAGGACCUUGAGCUACUGUACUUUUUAUUUAUUAAUUUAACUGUGCAGACAGGCUUUGAACUUCUGGUGAUCCUUCUUCAGGGUCUGUAGUUGGUGAUUGUAGGCCUGUGCCAUAGGGCCUUGUGGCCAGGUGGACUAAGUGACUCCCUAGGCUCUUAACCACAGCAGUGGCUAAAAGAGAAGGUCCCCUAACCCCACUGGUCACAGCCACUCCCUUUCUUUGUGCAGACCUUGUAUGCCAGAAACUCCUGGAACACCUGGGCCUCCUCCCAGUAAAGCACUCUCCUCUCUCCUCUCGACAGCCCUGAAGUCUUCUGCUGGUGCCCAGCACAGCCAGUGUGUGCUCAGCCAAUGGAAAUGUUUGUUCUUCUGUCUCUUCAUAGGACCUCCACGUCCUACAUUUUUAAGCCAGUUAUAAAUGUUAUUUAUAAGUUGGAUGGCCUCAAAUUUAUCGUCCAAACCCCAAUAGUUUACAGAAUGAAUUAUGAGUCAAGUUAUUAAUAUAAGUUAAUGAGGAACAACAGGUAAAAACCUGGAUAGCCACCCUACUCAUAACCAAAAAUAAUAAUUUAAAAAAAUGCCCUUGCAGAUGCUCUAGAUUCUAGGUGAACCAACUGUCUCUGCAAACUGAAGCCAGUAAAACCAAUGGCUCUCUUAACAAGAAGUGAUUCUAUAGGGCUGCUUCCUCCAUGGUAACCCAGGAAUAGCAGUUAAUUCUAAAAAAUAGUUUCCUUAACUCUGAGAACCUAAGAGAGGGACCAAGCAAGAUAGCUCAGCAGGCAAGGGUGCCUGCCACCAAGGCUUCGUUUUCCAGAUAGUGUCACUCUUCCUAAACUGAUCUUUCCAGGUUCUUUCUUGUUUUCCUCCUGCCAUUGUUCACUUACAGCUCAAACACUGGGUAUCUACCAUGUGCCAGCCCUUGUUCAAGGCACUGCGCUUACACUCUAGAUUGUAGUAGAGCAGCCUCUGCUUGUGAAGAUUAGAGUCCCGGAAGGGAAGGUUCCCAAACAAGUGCUCCCAGUUACUGUUUACUCAGUAAAAGCACAGGACAAAAAUGGACAGCAGAUCAAGCACUGCAUACUAGCCAGGCCGUGGUGGUGCACACCUUUAAUCCCAGCACUUGGGAGGCAGAAGGAGGCAGAU